CGAUUAUCAGUUAUCUUAUCUUAUCUGUAUUGAAUUUUGAAUUGAAAUUUUAAAUGAUUAUGAAAAUUACAAAUUACAAUUGAAGCGAAUUAAUUACGACUUUCCUACCAAAGUAAUAUUCGAUGGAAUGCUGAAAGUUCCGAUGAAGGUUGACCAUCGUCAAGAAUUCGAAAUGGCUGAAAUACCAUCCGACGUGUACGAUAUAUUUCAUCCGACUCCUGUAUCGCUUAAAGAUCUAGCAGCGAUCGCCGUUAGCCUCGAAAUGUGGCGUUGCAAAUUAAACGAAUAUCGUCGUCAGAGCGGUAAAUUGGAUAGUGAGUUUUUACCACUCCGAAUCAAAGAACGCUUCUCAGCGAAAACUGUGCUCCCUGAUUUACCAUCCGCGAUUUCUAAGACUAUCGAAGAAUAUCUCUUUCAAUUUGCUCUUUCAUUGGAAUCGUGGCACUGGGAACACUACGAAAAAGUCCUUUUCCGUUUCAAAAAUCGGGACGAUAUUUUGGAACACUUUGACAAUUUCGUAUGCGAUUACGAUGGAAAUAUCGAUUAUGUAAGGACUGCUAAACGUAUGAUAUGUUGUGAUCGAUUUAAUGAGGAAGAAAAGUUCAUCAUUGCUUGCAUGUAUUCUUUUGAAGACGACAUCAUUCGAAUCUGGCCUUCGGUAUCGAGCAAGAUGCAUUUGAGUAGAAGAACAUUCGGACAGGUAAAGUCGAAAAAGGUGCAUUUGGAUGCUCUCGAAUUUGAUGACUGCCCGCUAUUAUAUUACUGGAUUUGCCGUCGUACAAAUCAGUUGCAUAAAAUACCAACCAAACCGAACAGUACUAUCGAUGAAACCAUGUUUGACGCAUGUAUUCCUUAUCAUUAUAUUGGACGUUCGAUGGUGUAUUUUUGGAAUCGUAUACGGUUGGAAAAUCAAGUUGACCGAGCCGCCGACGUUUUUGAUGAGAAUCCAGUAUCAUUUGCUAAAUUCAUUUUACCAAAAAUGGGCCGUCAACUUUUCGAUUCAUUUGUAACAGGAUUAGGCGAGCAUGUGAUGACUGAGUUGUGUAACUAUUCUUGUGGUAAAAGGUUCGGUCUAGGAACUUGGUUACACAUUCGAAACGUUAUUGGUGACUACGGAUUUGCGGUUAUUAUCGUGGAAUUGUUACAAAAAGACAUCGAGUACUCUGGGCGCGUACAUCGGCAGUAUAUGCGUCGUGUAGUAUGGAACAAUGCUCCUCUUCAUUUAAAACGAUCAGUGAUUAGAAAUAUUUCAUCAGACAUGUUAGAAGAAAACCUGUAUCGGGUUGAGGAGACUCGUCAUGAUGAUGAUGAUGAUGAUGAUGAUGGUGAUGAUCAUGAUGACUUUGAUUAUUCAACAUAUAUAAACGUCGAGUUCCUAUUGAUUGUUCUAGAAUAUGCAACCCUCGAAGAGAGAACCACAUUCUGGCGUAAUUGCUGGCGUACUGUGAUUUCACUCAUUCCAGGUGAAGAUGUGCAGCAUUUGCAACGAAUAAUCAAACUUUGUAUCGAAGACGACGAUGAAAUUUCUCGAUUCAAGCGAAACGUUUUGACUGAAAGCGAUCUUGUACGAAAAAAAUGCGUUUUAUAUUUGACGAAUGCUGAUCUCGACAUCUCGAAUAAAUUUGUGAAUUUUUGUUUUCCCGAAUUGCCUACAGCGAGAACUUUCAAACAGCAAUUGCUGCGGUUAGCUUUUCUCGACGAAAAUUGCCCAUUAAAUUCGAAGAUUGUUAGCGACCUCGACGUAUUCAACGCGUUCAUCGAUGAAGCUUAUCAAGAUGCUGAUUCGUCUACUGAUUUUAAAAACAAAUUCGUGUCAUCGCCAUCGAAUCAGUUACGACUGUGCAAGCUUACUUGCUCGGGAAAAGUUUCUUUAGAAGAGCUUGUCAAGUUUAUUCACACGCUUCGUUCAACGGAACUAACCGUAUCGCAGAUCAAAAUGCGUAUGAGGGGUUAUUUGGAAAAACAGUUUGGAAGAACUAGAAGUUGUAACCGUAUUAAACUCAUGGGGUCCCGAUACUUGCCAAUUUCGUCCUGGUGUUCUGAGCAAACUGAAGAAUUCGAAGCAACCUCAUCCGUCAACACCAGAAAAAGGAAGAAAAAGUGAAUAUUCAUUCCAAAUGGUGAUAAGUAUGGUAUUUACGAAUAAAUUGUUCAAAUACUAAUAUACUGAUGAAAUUUUUUUGAAAAGUUGGUUUUCUGACGAACUUAUCAACUGAAUUUUGCAUCUGAUUUUUGAUUCGACCUAUUUCAAUUAUGUUUAGACAAUUUUGUUUAACUCUUAAUCAUAUUUUUUCCUUUUUUCUCGCUUACGUUUUUAAAGUCAAAUUUUGAAAAUGCUGAAUCGAUGUUGAUGAAGUUUCUACUGUUUUUGAAAAUGAAUUUCAACUGCACUAACUGCACUUUUUGCGUUUUUUUUUGAUUUCAUAUUUCAAGCACAUUUUUGACAUUUCACGAGAUAUCUCAUUUUUCAUUGAUUGUUGUGAUUUCGUUUCAAGUUGAAAAACUAUACUAUAAAAUGUCAUAAAAAUUGAAUUGUAAACGUAUAUUCAAAGGAUAAACGUGAAUUUUUGAAAAUAUUCAAUAAAAGUUUUAGAAAAAUGUUGGAAUUAUACCUACGUAUUAAAAAUACCUAUUAGUUAAAUCAUCAAAUUUUUUCGGUCUGAAUCGGAGCAGUUCUCAGGACAUCUUAGAAGAUUUUCAUGAAAUCGUAAUGUAGGAAUUUUUAUGAUUCUUUUUUUUUAUGAAGGUCGUAUUACUUUUUGAUGAUUUUUAUGGCGAUGUCGAAGGCGUUUUCAACUUAUCACUACUUAUUGUAUACUUGUGUAAUUUUCAUGAAUCACUUUUUAGUUUCCAUGACAUAUUUAUUCGUGUAUGUUUUAGAUACUGAGUGAUUUGUUAGAUUCAUUUUUAUGGUGUUCAGGCUAUUUUUUUGAAUUUUUGUAAUGUUUUUUAAAAGUUUUGUUGUUUUUUUCUCAUGUUUUAUAAGUAAGUUAGUUAUUUAGGUUUAUAAAUUUUCAAGUAAGAUUCAUUUUCAUACAGU